CUGCACCUGGUUAUAAGGACAGCUAUUCAAAGUGAGGGUGAGCUACAUCCUGCUGCUGGUGGGAACUUAGAGGCAGACAUCCACUGCCCUCCAGGGAAAGGGUUCCUUAUCUACUUAAAGAGAAUGUAUUCAACUUGGAACAGCACGGCUUUUUCUGAAGAUGUCUUUCUAAAAUAAAAAGAAAUUAUGAAAAAUUAACUUACAAGGCAAUGCAACAAGACAGAAGCCUGCACUUCUACUAUUAUUGGUGUAAUAGGUACUUGAACAUCUGAUCCUGCCAUAAAAAUAAUCCUCUCAAAACUAAUCUUCUCUUUACUUUGCAGACCACGUUAUCUAAAGGAAAAACAUAGCAACCCUGGCAGGUAAAUUGCCCAGCAUUGUGUCAUCAAGUAUCACCUCCCAUUUAGUUUUCUAUAAAAGCCAUUAGCUAGCAAUGAUCACAGUGAUAAGGCAGCUUACAGUAUCCUUUCCCUCCUUACUGAAAUAAGCACAGCCUCAUGGACCAGUUGGGGAGAUUCACUCAAUUGGAUGCUAAAGGAAAAUUGGAUCAGAUACGACUGUACUUAACAAAGAAACUUCUGCCACGCUUGGAAGACAGAAGGAAGUAUCGUCAGGAGUUUGCCUCAUCCACAUCGUUCCAUGGAGUGCAUAAAAUUGUUCAAACUCAGAGCAGCACACGCAGAGUGCUGUGGCUGCUGGUAGUCACAGGCUGUCUUGGCAUCGUCAUUUGGCAAAUCUGCAGUCGCUUUAACUACUACUUCAGCUGGCCAACCACCACUACAGUGAUAAUUCAGCAUGUGGAAAAUGUCAAAUUCCCUGCUGUGACUUUUUGCAACCUGAACAGGUUUCAAGCUCAUGCAGUGAGUAACCUUCAAAUCAUUUUUUUCCUUUGGAACAUUGUGUCUGGAAUUGUCCAAAAAUUUUCUACGGAAGACAAUUAUUUCCAAGAGCUAAGUAGCUUUCUUCUUGGAAACCAAAACUUCAGCAUUAAAGAGUUUACAAGGGAAAACGGAUUUUAUCUGAAUGGCAGCACACUGCUAGAAUGUGAAUUUUUUGGAAAGACAUGUCAUCCAGAGGACUUUGAACACAUUUUCACUGAAUAUGGAAACUGCUUUACUUUUAAUUACAAUGACCUUCCAGCAAGAAGUGUGAGCUUGUCUGGAAGAGGCUUACAUUUACUUUUUGAUGUCCAACAGGAGCAAUUCACUGAUGAUCCUGCCCUUGGUUAUACUGAUGCUGGUAUCACGUUUGUUAUCCAUUCACCCAAAGAGAUGCCACGCUUUGAUGGGUUAGGUUUAUUAACACCAGUUGGCAUGCAUGCACAGGUCACGAUUCAGCAACUGAAGUCAAUCAUUCAAGAAUAUCCAUGGGGAGAGUGCAAUCCUGAUAUCAAACUUCAGUACCAGGAUACUUACAGCACUAACGGCUGUUUGCAGGAAUGCAAGGCCUGGUACAUACAGGAUUGGUGCGGCUGUUCGCCUUUUAUCCUUCCAGGAAAUGGAAUAGAAUGUGAUUUAAUGAAGUCUUACAAUUGUGUUUAUCCUGCAAUCCAUGAUAUAGAGGUAAAAGGAUUAUGUACAGUAGGAACCCACAACUCCACUUGCCCUGCCCCAUGUGAAGAAACACAUUACCCUACCACUGUCACCUAUUCAAGUUUUGGAGGAGAAAAUGCCAUUAAAUACAUUUCUGCAAAGCUGAAGAAGAGUCCAGAGUACAUCAGGCAGAACCUCGUGACUAUUGACAUUAAAUAUGACGAUCUGAGCUACAGAAUAACUCAGCAGCAGAAGGCCUUGACCAUACCCGAGUUGCUUGCUGAUGUAGGUGGCCAGCUUGGAUUGUUUUGUGGUGCCAGUAUGAUUACAAUCAUAGAACUGCUUGAGUAUAUUUUUACCAAUUUCUUCUGGAUGUGCCUCUUUCUUCUACUGAAAGCUCCUGAAAUACCCCAGUGGAAUAAUCCAUCCCACGACCAACCAACGCACGUGGAAAAAAAGAAGAGAAUACAAGAAUGUUAGCGGCUUGGAGAGGCACAAAAUUAGUUGUAUCUCCAACUUCCCUUCAUCUCUAAAAUAUAAAGGAGACAAUA